GUUCAAGUUUGUCUUGGACUUCGUUUUCAACUUCCAUUUUUUUUUUUCCUCUUUUUCUCUCUCUGAGAAUUUUCAUUUUCCACUUCUUUAACAUAAUGCCAAGAAAAAGCCCUUCUGUCUUCUGGAACACUUCAUAGGCUUUUCUCUUUCUAAAAGUUUCUCAUUUUGUGAGCCCAAAGCGUUAGUUUUGAUUUCGUAAUGUUAGUGGAGGGAUAUUGAGAGAUAUGGGUUCUUGUGUAUCAUCAAUGCAUAAGAAAACGCCUGACAAGCUGAAGAUGUCUUCUUUUGACUCCAAAAAUCAUGACCUUAUUAUUCCACCUUCACCCAUCAAAGAAAAGCCGUCCAGUGGUUUCCCUCCGAUCAACGAUUGGCCAGCCAUCAUUGGUAGAGACCUUGGUAGUAAAGAGGAAACUUUUUUCGAUUCUCGAGCUUGGCUGGAUUCUGAUUGUGAAGAUGAUUUUUACAGUGUCAAAGGAGAUUCCUGUGGCAAUACCCCAGUUCAUCAGGCCUUCUCUACUGGGACACCUCAAGUCAACAAAACCCUGUCUGAGGACAGAAAUCACAGUUCAAUGUCUGAAGCAUCUCCGACCGGGAAGAAAAUGAAACUAGGCGAAUUAUUCAAGCAGAGCAUUAGAGAAGCUCCUGAAGACCCACCUGUUGAUGAGCAAAAAACUGCAGUCCCCCAGAUUAUGGUCAAUGGGGACAUGGAUGUCCAUCCAACCGUGCUUACCCUGGCUGCAAAAUCCACAGAUGGUACCCGUUACUUAUCUGGAGUGAACUCUUUCCGUGGCAGUGAGAGUACUGCUAAUGAUGAUCCAACAAUGGAGGAAAAGCGGAUGAGGACUGCAGAGUGUUGCCUUCCAAGCUUGAUUUCGCGUCAUAAUUUCAGUGACAGAAAGAAGAAGAUGAGUCCUGCAAUAGUUGUUAAUGGCUAACCAUAAUUUUGGGCAGUGUUUAUACUGUGUAAAGUCAAAGUUCCUGUGUUUAUACUUUGCACCGCACAUUGGAUUUUUUGAGUAAAAAAGAUAUGUAAAAAACACCUAGAGGAGAUGUAUGAUGCCAAAAACAUUAAAGAGGAUUUGAAAAAUCAAUCUUUGUAAUGAGAGGAAUUUUUAGAGGAAACCCCGAAAAUGGCCCAUGUAAUGAACAUAAACAUAUUAUUAAGAAGAUUUGGCCUUUAUAUGCAAAAAGUAAUAGCUAAGUUCUAAAGA